AUGCUGUAAAAAAGAAUUUAAUAAUGUUUUGGUUAAAUUGUAAAGUAGUAGAUUUAAAAGGCAGAAUCUCUUAAACAGAUGUUGGACCCGAAGUUAGAGAAACCGAUGAUUGUGACUGAGUAAGACAAAGAUCAUAAAUAUGUCUAAGAUUACACGAAAUCACCAUCCAAAAUGGAAUUUGUGGAAGAAGACCCUUUAUCGAAUGUAAUCACGGCCAAAAUAGUGAAUGAAGAUGGCAAAGAGAUCACCUACACAACAAAUACAAAAACAACUAUUGAAAUGAAACAUAAUCCUCUUGCACUUAAGGCGAUGACAGAAAGUUAGGUAGCUAUCGAUUAAGUGAAUGUUGUUACCAUGAAAUCUAAUGUAAUAGGAUAGCAAUUCAGAUAAGCAGAUUUAGGAAGUGUUUUUGUGAUGCCAGAAAACACAGUUCACAUUAGCGAAGUUGAUGUUAAUAAUAUACCAGCAGAUAAAGACAUUCAAUUAGAUAGAGAAGAGAAAGUGCUCUACGCUAUAGGUACAAAGAGCAAUGAAGCAAGUUAUUCAGAUAAACUAGCAUUAAAUAAUACAAUCAUCGAAGAUGUCACUUUUUAAGAAUAUAAAGAUAAGUACCUCUAUAAAAUUGAACAACCUUUUGCUUAUUUGAGCAGAACCAAAGCUCUCAAAAAAUUUGUUAGAUGGUUGCCUAUCUACUUUGUAAUGUUCUGUUUUUUAGAAACAUGGUGGGAAAUGCACCAUCUCAAAAAGUAUAUUUACAGUCUUGAGGUUUAGGAAUUGGAUCAAACUAAAGAAGUCUUACAUGCGAGGUAAAUCGAAUUGCUGCUCAAUGAUCCUUUAUUUAAGAGAUUCUGA